AUGAAGUUCAACAUCGAUGACCUACCGGUGCUCUUUCCCUACCCGCGAAUAUACCCAGAACAAUAUGCCUAUAUGUGUGACCUGAAAAGGACUCUAGAUGCCGGUGGCCACUGCGUACUUGAGAUGCCCUCGGGUACGGGGAAAACGGUAACUCUAUUGUCUCUUAUCGUUGCGUACCAGCAAUACUAUCCGGAGCAUCGGAAACUCAUCUACUGCUCUCGUACCAUGUCCGAGAUCGAGAAGGCUUUGGCUGAGCUGAAAGCCUUGAUGAAGUACCGCACGGAGCAGCUUGGCUACGAGGAAGAAUUCAGAGGUCUCGGGCUUACGAGUCGGAAGAAUCUGUGUCUGCAUCCUUCAGUGAAGAGGGAAAAGAGCGGAGCUGUUGUCGACGCACGCUGUCGUAGCUUAACGGCCGGCUUCAUCAAGGAGAAGAAGGAGAGGGGCGAGAACGUGGAUGUCUGCGUCUACCAUGAUAAUCUCGACCUUCUUGAGCCCCAUAACCUGAUACCAAACGGCGUAUGGACUCUGGAUGGCCUCCUACGCUACGGGGAGCAACACAAACAAUGCCCAUACUUCACAUCACGACGGAUGAUGCAAUUUUGCAACGUCAUCAUCUACUCAUACCACUACCUUUUGGACCCCAAGAUCGCAGAGCGAGUAUCAAAGGAGCUCUCGAAGGAUUGCAUCGUCAUUUUUGACGAAGCUCACAACAUCGACAAUGUCUGCAUCGAGUCACUCAGUACCGACAUCACCGAAGAUUCAUUAAGGAAAGCAACCAGGGGGGCUCAGAACCUAGACAAGAAACUCAGCGAGAUGAGGGAGACCGACCAACAGCAACUGCAAGACGAGUACGAGAAGUUGGUCCAGGGCCUUCGUGACGCGGACGAAGCUCGUCAAGAGGAUGCAUUCAUGUCCAACCCAACUCUGCCUGACGACUUGCUCAAGGAGGCCGUGCCGGGUAAUAUCAGACGGGCAGAGCACUUCGUGGCUUUCCUGAAGAGAUUUAUAGAGUACCUCAAGACCCGCAUGAAGGUCCGACAAGUAAUCUCAGAGACGCCGCCCUCCUUCCUCGCUCAUCUCAAGGAAUACACGUUUAUAGAGAAGAAACCCCUGCGGUUUUGUGCGGAGCGUUUGACAUCGUUGGUGAGGACGUUGGAGCUCACCAACAUCGAGGAUUACCAGCCUUUACAGGAAGUGGCCACAUUCGCGACCCUCGUGGCAACCUACGAGAAAGGCUUCCUACUCAUCCUGGAGCCUUUCGAGUCUGAUACUGCCGAGGUUCCCAACCCGGUCCUCCAUUUCACAUGCCUCGAUGCUGCCAUUGCCAUCAAGCCGGUCUUUGACAGAUUCAGCUCCGUCAUUAUCACAUCGGGGACUUUGUCUCCGCUGGAGAUGUAUCCGAAAAUGCUCGGCUUCUCUACCGUCGUGCAGGAAUCGUACAGCAUGACACUGGCGAGACGGUCUUUCUUACCAAUGAUCGUCACUCGCGGUAGCGACCAGGCUUCCAUCUCGACGAGUUUCCAGGUCCGGAACGAACCGAGCGUGGUGCGGAACUACGGCAAUCUCUUGACGGAAUUCUCCCGCAUCACCCCGGACGGUCUAGUGGUAUUCUUCCCAUCCUACCUCUAUAUGGAGUCCAUCAUCAGCAUGUGGCAGGGGAUGGGCAUUCUGGAUGAGGUGUGGAAGUACAAGCUCAUCCUCGUCGAGACCCCGGACGCGCAGGAAACGUCACUGGCGCUCGAAACUUACCGCACUGCAUGCUGUAAUGGCCGCGGCGCAGUGCUUCUCUGUGUUGCCCGGGGUAAGGUAUCGGAGGGCAUCGAUUUCGACCACCAAUUCGGGCGGGCCGUGCUGUGCAUCGGCGUGCCAUUCCAGUAUACCGAGUCGCGGAUCCUCAAGGCCCGCCUCGAGUUCCUCCGCGAGACGUAUCGCAUCCGCGAAAACGACUUCCUCUCCUUCGACGCCAUGCGGCACGCCGCGCAGUGCUUGGGACGAGUGCUGCGAGGUAAAGACGACUAUGGCGUCAUGGUGUUGGCAGAUCGGAGGUUCCAGAAGAAGCGACCACAGCUUCCCAAAUGGAUAAACCAGGCCCUGUUGGAUGCCGACACGAACUUGAGUACGGACAUGGCAGUCAGCAGUGCGAGGCGAUUCUUGAAGGGAAUGGCUCAACCCUUCAAGGCUAAGGACCAGGAAGGCAUUAGCACGUGGAGUUUAGAGGACCUGAAGAGGCAUCAGGAGAAGCUCGCUGAGGAACAAAUCAAGGAGCUGCAGGCGCAGAAGAACGUCGAGCCAAUGCAAGGCGUGGAAACGAACGCUGGCGGAGGGGAUCACAGCGAUUACGGGAUGGAUGACGAAGACGAACAGGAUCUAAUGGCUCUGGAUGGAAAUUAA